AUGCAGCAAAAGCAUGUCGAGGAAAUUGUGGCUUUAAGGGCGGAGUUGGGUCGUCAUGACCAGUUUGCUCAGCACUCAGCGUCUACUGUACACCGAAAUCAACACCACGAGAAUGAAAAUCAUGAUUGCAGGCGUCACAACGUACUAACCCGAAUGGAAACCAGCACGUUAAUCCGAGCGGUAACCAGCAUGGUAAUCCAGAUGGCAAUGAAAGAAAGCAACUGGUUCCUCUGCAAACCGUUCGGCCCACCAGCUUACUCCCCUUUACGAUGGCUAUUAUGCAAACUCCAAUGCCAAAAGAGUCCCCCUGUGUUAGAAAAGUAUGAUGGCUCGGCGGACCAUCUUAGGAUCUUCAGCAAUGCAAUGGUGUUUUACAUGAACAGUGAUCCGGUCAUUUGUAGAGCUUUCUCCUUGUCACUCAAGGACGAGGCGUUGGAGUGGUAUAAUACGCUCCCUCCAAAUUCAGUAGAUUGCUUCGCCAUUGUGGAAACCCUCUUCAGAAGGCAGUACUCCUCCAACCGGAAGCAAGAAAUAACACCGACAGAAUUGGUGAAUACUAAGCAGGAAAAAGGAGAGACUUUUAAGGCGUUUAUGAAGAGGUACACUGAAACCACUCGACAAGUAAAAGAUGUUAAUCAUUCUUUCAUCAUCAACAACUUGCCUUCAUGCCUAAGGCCAGGGUACUUUACUGAAAAGUUGUAUGUUCGCCCACCAAAAACUAUGGACGAGCUCCAAGAAAGAGUGGCUGAAUUCAUAUGUAUGGAGGAUAUGCGAAUCUCACAAAGAAAGCGACAACGAGAAGCUGAUGUAGGUGGAGGUAGAAAGGACGACAAACGACCGUUUGGAAAUAAUGAUAAAAGUGGAGAACUCCCCCGAACAUUUAAAUUUGACCAUUUUACAACCCUCAAUGCACCUAGGGCAAAAGUUCUCGAACAAGCCCUAAAUGUUGAACUUCUCACACUCCGAAGGAAAUCAUCUCCAAAAUACGCAGACGAAAGGAAGAGUUGCCAUUUCCAUCAGAACCAUGAGCAUAAUAGAGAAGAAUGCGUUACACUGAAGAAUGAAAUUGAAAAUCUCAUCCAGGCAGGACAUCUACGAAAGUAUAUAAAAGAAGGAAGAGGAAACCUCCCUAGGGAGGGAUAUUUGCAGAGAAGUCCCUAA